UAACUGACCACCUCCUCCUCACACCUCUUCCCCUGUUUUCCCAUCCUACUACUACUACCUCAUACAGAGAGAGAGAGAGACAGAGAGAGAGAGAGAGAGAUGGCCACGUUCAAGUAUCUUUGACACUGCAGGCUCAAAGGAGGAGUCUUCUUUCUUUCGGGGGAGUUGUUUGGGGAGGGCCACCGCCUCACAUAGCAGCCGGAGGCUCACCAUCUUGGGUGCCCCUGUGAUGGGUAGCCGCUGGGGAGCUCUGUGCCGGCUCCCUCCCCUCAUCUCCUGGACUGUCAUGGCUAUACUCUUAGUGGAUGCAGAUGUUGACUCUGAUGCUGCUGUGAAGUUCUUGAAGGUCCCUCCGGUCUUCUCGGCCUCAUCGUCAGCUACAUUUCAGUUUGAGGUCACGGAGGGGAGGAAUGGCAGCUCAUGCCACGACUGCAGUAUCAGCCGCAAGUUAGAUAACUACAAUUCUUUUGCUUGUGAACGGAAGGAAGUUACAUACUCAGGCUUGCUCGAUGGAAAUCAUACCUUUAAGAUCUGCUCCAGUGGUUCCCAAGGAGUUCGUUGUGCCAGCUAUAAUUGGACUGUUGAUACAAUUUCCCCUACUGCCUAUAUUUCUGCUGCAUCUUUCACAAAUGCGUUAAAUAUUUCAGUCAAUGUUUCUUUCAGUGAACCUUGCACCAGUGGAGGUGGAUUUAAAUGUUCCCCCAGUCAUUGCGAUCUUCUCAUUUAUGGAGCCGGCCGUGUUUUACCAUCUACUCUAAGGGUUCUUCUUCCUGGCCUGAAAUUUUCCUUUAUGGUGGGAAUAUCAGCUGAUGUUCAGUUUGGUCGUUUGAUACUGGCAAUGGAUAAGGUAUUUUGUACUGACAAUGCUGGGAACAUGUUCAAACAAUCAUCAGAUUCAAGUUUCAUAUUGCAUUUUGAUAGAAGAAGUGUUUUCAUGAACUUGACAAGUCACGUCCCAGAAAAGCUACUUCAACUUAAUGGCUUGCUUCGAACUGUGCAAGCUAGUAACAGUGCUAGGGAUUUGAAAAUUUAUCUGUCAUUCUCAGAGCCAGUUCUUAAUUCAUCUGAAGAAAUUCUGGAUCUUCUUCAUGCAAGUAGUGGUUUACUUGUUCCGACAAAUAAGAGUAAUCUUGGAAACCGUCGGUUUGGCUACCUAGUACAAAAUAUUUCAAGCAUGACUGUUGUUACUAUAAGUUGUGAUACUACAUAUAUAAUCACCAGACAAGGGACUCCAGUUUCUCCAUCAGAUCCAAUCACAUUCCUUUAUGAUGCUGACAGGCCAUCUGUAAGGCUGAGUACAACUUCUAACAUGCGGACCAGACAACAUAAAAUCCCAGUGCUGAUAAACUUUGAGAAGCCUGUUUUUAACUUUAAUUCUUCAGCUAUAAUAAUUUCUGGAGGAUCGAUACUGAGUUUUCAUGAAAUAACAAAGAGCACAUAUAUUAGUGAAAUACACGGCAAUGGUAGUGUGAUAUCAGUGGAAGUUCCUGAAAAUAGGACAACAGAUAUUGCCGGAAACAAGAACCUUGCAUCAAACCUUCUACAAGUGAAUCACUAUUCCACGCCCACAGUAUCAUCAUUGUUAUCAAUAGUUGCUACUGUUGCACUUGCAAUGACAUCAAUGGUGGCAACCCUCCUUACUCUUUCAUCUUCGAGCCUUCUAUAUUCUGGAGCAAUUUCUGGACAGAAAUCAUAUGUUGUUUCUGAACCAUCAAGGAACCUUUUGCGGAUUUUAUGCCACGUCCAAAUUUUUGCACUCUGUAGAUGGUUGGUAGUUACCGUUCCUGUUGAGUAUUAUGAAUUUUCUAGGGGCAUAGAAUGGAGUAUUCCAUACAUUCAUCUCCCAUGGGAAUCGAGCUCCAACAAUUCAUUUAUUGAAAAUUCAACGUUUACACUUGGGGCUUAUUUUGAAAUAUGGGAAAGAAGCAAGUUGAGAACUUUUAAAUCCCCAUUGACUACAAACCAAAUCCUGGGAGUGGACCCUUCUGUACAUGGAAAGCCACUUAUGCCAGGGGAAUACAUGUCAUUUCUUGAGAAUCAGAACUUUAAUCCUGAAGCUGAAUUCAUUAUGAUUUCACGAAAUUCAGAUAGGUGGAAGCAUUUUGGUAGAAACAUGUUCUGGUUAGCUAUAUUUGGUGGUGGGCUGACCUUGCUCCAUGUGGCAAUUCUUUGCCUUUUGAAAUUGAGGAGGGAUUCAGAAAAGCAAGAAGAGUAUGGAGCUCUGGUGUUCCCAAGGUUCGAAUUAAUUUUGGUUAUGCUUGCAUUACCAUGUAUAUGCCAGGCAUCUGCUGCUUUAAUUAAAGGGAAAACAUCUACAGGUAUUGUUGUUGGAGUUGCACUCCUGGGUAUCUCCACAUCUUUCCUUAUCUCCUUGCUGCUGUUCCUCUCAAUUGGCAUCACAAUGGCUAAGCUUCUGCAGUACAAAGAAGUUCAUCAAGAGGGGCAAGAGUUCCAUUGGUAUCAAGAGUUUAUCCGUGUAACUCUUGGUCCUGGGAAAAGAGGCCAAUGGACUUGGACAGAUCAACAUAAAUCAAUUAAUCAAACAAAACUAGGUCCAUUAUUCGAAGACCUCAGAGGGCCACCAAAGUACAUGUUGACACAAAUUUCUAGCGAGGGGAAUCAAGCAAAACAUGAAGACCAAGACCGAAUCAUUGCUUCUGAAGAUGAGACUGAAGAUGCAGAAGCCCCAUUUAUCCAGAAACUCUUUGGCAUCCUCCGAAUUUACUAUACACUUCUGGAAUCAAUUAAACGUGUCUCUCUUGGAAUUUUGGCUGGUGCUUAUUCAUCAAAUAGGCCUUCUAGGAUUCCAACCCUCAUUAUUUUGUCCAUCACGUCUUUCCAACUUUUUUUCCUUGUCUUGAAAAAGCCCUUUAUUAAAAAGAAGGUGCAGUUUGUUGAGAUUAUCUCAGUAGCUGGUGAAGUGGGUUUAUAUGGGGCUUGCCUUGCUCUACUGGAGAAGGAUUUCUCUAGUGCUAAUGAGAGGAGAAUAGGGUUUUUCAUGCUGGCAAUGUUCAUCAUCAUGUUUACUGCACAACUGGUCAACGAAUGGUAUGUCUUAUAUCGCCAAGUUAUUCGACUGAGUGCAACUAGGAACUCAUUCUCUUCAGGAUUAAAAAGAGCUCUUGGUGGACUUUUACUAAUCGUGCUACCCACACGGCUGUCAACAAAUCUGAACAACCAGUUAUCCUCCAGAAAUGGAGAAGGAGACAGUGGAAUUACAGUUACUCCCAUCGGUCAAGUCCAAAGAACUUCAGGUACAAGUGAAGGGUCAUGGCUGAGACAACUAAGAGAGGAUGCAAAGACUAGCUUCAGUAGAGAAGAUGCAGGAGCUCCUAAUGACCCUUCAAGCAGCAUGUACCAGAGAAGUGUGUUUUGGAGUGGAAAGAGAAGCAGAAGCUCUUCUGUAACAUCAUCAUCUGACUCCAAGUCAAAGGGGGACGGCAAGCUGAAGUUAAGAGGGUUGUAUAAGGAUUUGGAGAACAUUUUCUCAUCAAAGUGAUCUAGUAAUUGAUCAACUCAUUCAAUUUAUGUGAGUUCAAAGCUCAUACGAGCCUCGAUGGAGAAGUGGAUCCUGAUCUUAUUCAAAGAAUAAAAAUAGGUAUUUGCACAGAUAUAUGGUGUUUCGGGUCCAGGAUCAUGCCAAUGGUCACUAAUUGAAGGGAAUAAAGCCUAUGAACCAAAUCCCGGUUUCUGUCAGUGCUUCAUACUUCAUAGCUUAUUGCUAUUAUCGAUUUUCAACUUUUGUUAUGCUACAUCUGGUCUGAGCCUUCUUCUCAUUUGAUAGUUUGUCUAAUCUGACAUGUUUUCUAUAGGAAAUGUUGUUUCAUUAAAAGCAUCAGAAGAUGAUCUUGUACUGUCUAUCUGAAUCCGGUACAAUGUAUAGUUGAAGGGAAUGAAAACUACAAACCAAAUGCAUAUUCAUUUCGUAUUAA